AUGGUUGCCCACUCUCCCAAGUCGGAUGUAGGUCAGAUGACAAAGACCCCGUGUGAUACAUCUGCAGAGGUCAUUGAAAGUUCUCUUGAUGACAUGAGAAGGACAACAUCUGGUUCAGAAACAGUAGUUACUCCAGGAACUAUGACAUGCAUUGCAGUUACCCACCCUCCCAGGUCAGAUGUAGAUCAAUUGGCAGCAACCACGUGUGAUAAAUCUGCAGUGGUCAUUGAAAGUGUUUUUGAUGACAUGAGUUGGGCGACACCAUCUGGCCGUUCAGAAACGGUAGUUACUCCAGGAUCUAUUGCAUGCACUAUGGUUGCCCACUCUCCCAAGUCGGAUGUAGGUCAGAUGACAAAGACCCCGUGUGAUACAUCGACAGAGGUCAUUGAAAGUUCUCUUGAUGACAUAAGAAGGACAACAUCAUCUGGUUCAGAAACGGUAGUUACUCCAGGAACUAUGACAUGCAUUGCAGUUACCCACCCUCCCAGGUCAGAUGUAGAUCGAUUGGCAGCAACCACGUGUGAUAAAUCUGCAGUGGUCAUUGAAAGUGUUUUUGAUGACAUGAGUUGGGCGACACCAUCUGGCCGUUCAGAAACAGUAGUUACUCCAGGAUCUAUUGCAUGCACUAUGGUUGCCCACUCUCCCAAGACAGAUGUAGGUCAGAUAACAAAGACCCCGUGUGAUACAUCUGCAGAGGUCAUUGAAAGUUCUCUUGAUGACAUAAGAAGGACAACAUCAUCUGGUUCAGAAACGGUAGUUACUCCAGGAACUAUGACAUGCAUUGCAGUUACCCACCCUCCCAGGUCAGAUGUAGAUCGAUUGGCAGCAACCACGUGUGAUAAAUCUGCAGUGGUCAUUGAAAGUGUUUUUGAUGACAUGAGUUGGGCGACACCAUCUGGCCGUUCAGAAACAGUAGUUACUCCAGGAUCUAUUGCAUGCACUAUGGUUGCCCACUCUCCCAAGUCGGAUGUAGGUCAGAUGACAAAGACCCCGUGUGAUACAUCUGCAGAGGUCAUUGAAAGUUCUCUUGAUGACAUGAGAAGGACAACAUCUGGUUCAGAAACAGUAGUUACUCCAGGAACUAUGACAUGCAUUGCAGUUACCCACCCUCCCAGGUCAGAUGUAGAUCAAUUGGCAGCAACCACGUGUGAUACAUCUGCAGUGGUCAUUGAAAGUGUUUUUGAUGACAUGAGUUGGGCGACACCAUCUGGCCGUUCAGAAACGGUAGUUACUCCAGGAUCUAUUGCAUGCACUAUGGUUGCCCACUCUCCCAAGUCGGAUGUAGGUCAGAUGACAAAGACCCCGUGUGAUACAUCGACAGAGGUCAUUGAAAGUUCUCUUGAUGACAUAAGAAGGACAACAUCAUCUGGUUCAGAAACGGUAGUUACUCCAGGAACUAUGACAUGCAUUGCAGUUACCCAUCCUCCCAGGUCAGAUGUAGAUCGAUUGGCAGCAACCACGUGUGAUAAAUCUGCAGUGGUCAUUGAAAGUGUUUUUGAUGACAUGAGUUGGGCGACACCAUCUGGCCGUUCAGAAACAGUAGUUACUCCAGGAUCUAUUGCAUGCACUAUGGUUGCCCACUCUCCAAAGUCAGAUGUAGGUCCGAUGAAAACGACCAUGUGUGAUACAUCUGAUGCUGAAUUUUCAAAUGACCUGUUGGAUUUUUCUUCUGGUAGUGAAUAUAUUUCUGAAGAUGAUGAAUUGGAUGAAAGUGACCCAGAAGCCAGUGAAUCUUCACCAAUAGAGAAAAAAAGAAAACCCCUGCAAUACUCUGAAGGAAAAACUGGGGGAAAAAACCAAUGCCAGAAAGAAAGAAUCUUAAAAGAACUAGCUGAAAAUGAUGAAGUAAUUAGUGAUAGCAAUAGUGAUAUAUCAGUGGAGUAUCCAGAUUUCAGUGCGCUAAAUAAGCCAUCUUUGCUUCCAGUGUCAUUGUUAAAUGAUGAAUUUUCAAGUGCUGAUGAUUCAGAUGUCCCUUUAGAGGAUCAAAAUAUAGAUCCUGAGACUGUUGCUUAUGGUGAAAAGUUUCCAAAGAUAUAUGUUAAACUGGUACGGAAAAGCCAAACAACCAAAUUAGGCAAAAAGAAGAAGACUGAAAGAGUGUAUGAUUCACACUAUCCUUGUAUUUUCUGUGGCAAGAUGCAAACCAAUUUUUCGCAUCAUUUAAUGAGUUCUCUUCACAUGAAUGAAGCAGAAGUACAGGCUAUCCCAAAGGUCAACUCCACAAUGACGAAAGAAGAAAAGCAAAAGACUGUAAAAGAAAGAAAGACCAAAUUUGAACUGCUGCGCCUUCGUGGUAUUCACAAACACAACACUAAUGUGAUAAGUGAAGGAAAAGGUGAAAUAAUCCUUGCCAGGAGAAGUACAGAGAGGGAGUUUGAUCUUAAUGCUGUAGGUCCUUGUCCAAGGUGUUUUGCUUGGCAUCAAUUGAAAAACCUUAAGAGACAUCAAAAGUUAUGCCCAAAGUAUGAUGCUGAUGAAUCAUAUUCAAGCCAAACCAGUCUCAAUAUACAGAGUAAAACGUUAGUGGGACGAAUUUCGGACCAGGCUUCAAAACUUGUUGUGACAGAAGUUUUCACUAUCAUGCAGCCUGACCAUGUAUCUCAAGUGGCCCAAACGGACCCACUUAUCAUAAGCCUUGGUAAUCAGUUGAUGGACCGUAACAGAGGAAACCGUGUAAUGAGGAAAUAUUAUACCAGCCAGGGUAUGAGACUGUCUGCAAAACUCCUAAUUGCUCUGAAGGAAACAACAGGACAUGAUGAGGAUCUUAAUUAUUUCCUCCAACCUUCUCAAUUUGUAAAUGUGGCAGAAGCUGCUCUAAAAUGUUCAAACCAAGACAGCAUCGAUGAAGAAGAUCUUUCGUCACCAAGCAAUGCUAUUAAAUUAGGGUAUGAUAUAAAAUCAUUAGCAAGUUCAAAACUAGCCAGUGCUAUCAUACAUGCUGAUGAAAAGAGGCAAAAAGAGGCAGAAAAUUUUCUGCAAUUAAUGAAAAUGCAGUGGACUGUGAAAGUAACGAAGCUAGCAAGAAUGGUUUUACAAGAAAGACAGUAUAAUAAGCCCAAGUCAUUGCCGACACCCGAAGACAUUAAGAAAAUAACAGAAUUUAUGAAAACGGAGAUCUGCAACCUUGAUCUUACUGACAUUUCAUAUGCUAACUACAAAAAAGUUGCUGUGUUGACUUUGGCCAGGAUCACACUGUACAAUAGAAGAAGGUGCCAUGAGGUUCAGGCAAUAAGAUUGAAGGCUUACAAUCAGAGAAAAACUGGUCAAGACGAUGUUCAGGCACAAUUGAUGAAAGAGCUGACUUCAUUCGAAGCACACCUUUUAAUGACUCAGGAAGUUGUUGAGAUACGAGGAAAGGUUGGAAGAUGUGUUCCAGUUAUUUUACCUCUGGAAACGCGCCAGGCUUUAAGUUUUGUUGCAAGCAAGAUAGUCCGAAAGGCAUGUUCCAUUCCAGUUGAAUCUCCAUACCUUUUUGGUAGCAAAAGUAAGUGCAGACUGGAGGUGUAUUGA